ACAACUCAACCCUACAGACAGACUCUGAAUAUAAAUGUCAGUCACUUGUCGCUGUAGUCAAAGCCUUUACUUUUGGACACCAUGACAUACACCUGCAUUGCUGUUAUCUUACUAAGCAUCAUAAGCUCCUACAAUGCCAGUGGCAAACUUUUAGUUUUUCUAAUUGAUGGACUCCGUUUUGACUACCUCAAUAAUCUGGACAAUUUUCCUGGGUUCCGACAGAUUGUGGAAAAUGGAGUGAAAGUGGAUUACAUGACUCCAGAGUUCCCCAGUCUGUCUUAUCCAAACUACUACUCACUCAUGACAGGCCGGAACACUGAAGUGCACCAGAUGACUGGCAACUACAUGUGGGACAUGGACUCAAAUACGGAAUUCCUGAUUGGUGGCAACGCAGACAGCCGCUUGCCUCUGUGGUGGAAUGGAUCGGAGCCGAUCUGGGUGACCAUGGAGAAACUGGGCAAGAGGGUCUACAUGUACUACUGGCCAGGGUGUGAAGUCGAGAUUCUAGGAGUGAGACCAUCUCUCUGUGAACCGUACCAACCAAACGCAAAUGAAGGGAACUUGACAGAUGCCAUGGAACGUGCCCUUGACGCGCUAAAUGAUGGCCAAACUGACAUGGCUGCCGUGUAUUAUGAGAGGGUUGACGCAGUGGGUCAUUUCUUUGGGCCCCAGUCACUUGAGACCACAGGAACAGUUCUUGGUCUGGAUGGCGCCAUGCAAUUUCUCAACCAAAGGGUCAUGGCAAAAAACAUGAGCAAAGUCUUGAACAUCGUCAUGUUCUCUGAUCACGGCAUGUCUGAGAUCACAAACCUCAUUGAGCUGGACAAACACAUCAACCUGUCCGAUGUCAUCAAGGUGCUGGACAUUGGUCCUGUCGUGAGCCUGUGGCCCAAACAAGAAAAGUUGGAAGAGAUAUUCACUGCUCUUAGUGCUGUGGAAAAUAUGACAACCUACCGCAUAAGUGACAUCCCUGAUCGAUUUCAUUACAAGGAGGGGAUGUUUGUUUCAACUCUGACCCUUGUAGCCAAACCAGGCUGGAUCAUCACUCCUACCAUAUCAGCCCUGCCUUUCCAGCCAAAUGCCACGGGAGGCAGGAAAUAUGGAGCACAUGGCUACGACAAUGAACUUGUUGAGAUGAGAGGGUUCUUUGUAGCAAAAGGGCCAGAUUUCAAAAGCAACUUCACUGCUGGACCAAUCAGAUCCGUAGAUGCCUAUAACGUCAUGUGUCAUACCCUGGGGAUUGAGCCGCUCCCCAAUAACGGCUCAUUCGACCGCGUGAGGGCCAUGCUGAGAGAGCCGUCCAGUACAGCGGUCCUUGUAACCCAGCACAGCUGUCUCCUGGUCUUGAUAGGACUGUUUAUAUGUGUACAUGUGUCACCUUACUGAAAUCCAUCCCCAUUACGUUUUACCUGCAUUUACCUCAAUGCCACACUGACAAUAGUAAACGAGCCUGAAAAGAAUGCAAUGUGCAUCUACUUCCUGAAUUUUGGGUCAACGAUACACGGGACACCGAAACACCGGGGCACAUGAAAUUUGGUGGGUAUGUAGCCCCACUAGACUUUUACGGAAAA